UCCAUGGUUUCCCCGAUUCGGGAAAAUUAUGCAUUUUCCUUUUCACCCCUCUCAUUGGCUGGCGUCUGAUUCAUAUCCAUAGUUUCUCCAUGAGAAAGGGACCUUUUUGCUUUCCCUUUUGCUCCAAUUGUCACUAAGAUUUGGUUCCCCAAAACCCCACAAUUGCAUUAGGGUCUAGGUUUUCUGGGUUUUUUUUUCUCCAUUCCAGCGGUUGUCUUCAUUUCAUGCUGCUGGAGAAAUGAAGACAUCCUAGAUUUCUGUGGUGAUUGAUCAACAAGCAAAGCUGUGAAGAUGUCUAGGCAAUCAACAACUCCUGCUUUUCACAAGUCCAAGACACUUGACAACAAAUAUAUGCUCGGCGAUGAGAUUGGAAAAGGAGCAUAUGGGCGAGUAUACAAAGGCUUGGACUUGGAGAAUGGAGACUUUGUUGCUAUUAAGCAAGUCUCUCUGGAGAAUAUUGCUCAAGAAGACCUGAAUAUUAUCAUGCAAGAGAUUGAUUUGCUUAAGAACUUGAAUCACAAAAAUAUUGUAAAGUACUUGGGAUCUUUGAAGACAAAGACUCAUCUCCAUAUUAUUCUUGAAUAUGUGGAGAAUGGUUCACUUGCCAACAUAAUCAAGCCCAAUAAAUUUGGACCCUUUCCAGAGUCUUUGGUUGCUGUUUACAUAUCUCAGGUUUUGGAAGGAUUAGUGUAUCUACAUGAACAGGGUGUAAUUCAUCGGGACAUCAAGGGUGCAAAUAUAUUGACAACCAAAGAGGGUCUUGUCAAACUUGCAGACUUUGGAGUUGCAACAAAACUAACAGAGGCUGAUGUUAAUACACAUUCAGUUGUUGGGACUCCAUACUGGAUGGCUCCUGAGGUCAUUGAAAUGUCUGGAGUUUGUGCUGCAUCAGACAUUUGGAGUGUUGGAUGCACUGUUAUUGAGCUUCUCACAUGUGUACCCCCAUAUUAUGAUCUCCAGCCGAUGCCUGCUCUCUUUCGAAUUGUGCAGGAUGACCAUCCUCCUAUACCAGAUAGCUUAUCUCCUGCUAUUACAGAUUUUCUGCAGCAAUGCUUUAAGAAGGAUGCUAGACAAAGGCCUGAUGCCAAGACAUUACUUUCACACCCUUGGAUACAAAAUUCAAGGCGUGCUUUACAAUCAUCGCUUCGUCAUAGUGGAACAAUAAGAAAUAUAGAGGAAGAUGAUUCAGAUAAUGAGGAAAUAUCAAAUGGAGAUGAUCAGAGCAAUGUUGAAGACGUUUCAGCUGAGAAAGGGUCUAGAAAGGAGUUGCUAUCAUCAGAAGCUGCUGAGGUUUGUACAUCAUCAGACAAAGAUGGAUCUGGUGGUAAUCUUUUUGAGGACAGAGCAGAUAGUGCUGAAGAUGAAGCUGUAUCAGAUCAAGUCCCUACCUUGGCUAUCCAUGAAAAGAAGUCCAUUGGGAGCCACUCAAGUAGACAUGCUGCAGGUGAUGAGACUGCUCCUAAUUUGAGUGAGCAUCAGCCAUCCUAUCCGGCUGUGCAGGACAAAGUGCUCAUGAAUGGUGAGCGGGAAUCUUCUGAAUUAAAAACAAAAGGUGUAGUGUCUGAAAAGCUUGAGGAUAUCGAAAAUAGUGUAAAUGGCAGGCAUGAUUCAUUUGCAUUUGGAGUAAAGAGCCAGGAUUCUAAUUCACGCAAGGCUGUCAAGGCUUCAGUAAUCUCCAGUCAAAAUGAGCUGAGUAGAUUUAGUGACACUCCUGGAGACGCCUCCUUGGAUGAUUUGUUUCAUCCACUUGAAAGGAAUCUUGGGGAUCGUUCGGCUGAAGCCUCAACAUCUGCAUCUUCAUCAAAUGUAAAUCAAACUAAUGUUGACUCUGGCAAGAAUGAUCUAGCAACAAAAUUACGAGCUACCAUUGCGCAAAAAAUGGAGAAUGAAACUGGGCAGGCAAAUGGUGGUGAUCUGCUUCGUCUGAUGAUGGGUGUUCUCAAAGACGAUCCUAUUGACAUGGAUGGUUUGGGUUUUGAUGAUAAGUUGCCAGCAGAAAAUCUUUUUCACCUUCAGGCUGUAGAGUUCAGCAGGUUAGUGUUGUCAUUGAGGCCAGAGGAACCAGAAGAUGAUGUUGUAGCUGCUUGUCAGAAGUUGACUGCUUUCUUUCACCAAAGGCCUGAGCAGAAAAUUGUCUUUGUAACUCAGCAUGGUUUACUUCCUCUGAUAGAGUUACUUGAAGUUCCAAGAACUCGCGUAAUAUGUUCCGUGCUGCAACUUCUAAACCAGAUAAUCAAAGAUAACAGUGACUUUCAGGAGAAUGCUUGUCUUGUGGGUCUUAUCCCUGUUGUAAUGAGCUUUGCUGUUCCUGAUCGUCCUCGGGAAGUUCAUAUGGAAGCAGCUUAUUUUCUGCAGCAACUGUGCCAGUCCAGCUCCUUGACAUUGCAAAUGUUUAUUGCUUGCCGUGGGAUUCCAAUUCUUGUGGGCUUUCUGGAGGCGGAUUAUGCAAAAUAUAGGGAAAUGGUUCAUCUAGCUAUUGAUGGCAUGUGGCAGGUAUUCAAGCUUCAACGCUCAACCCCUCGAAAUGAUUUCUGUCGCAUAGCUGCCAGAAAUGGUAUAUUACUUAGGCUGAUCAACACUCUUUAUAGUUUAAAUGAGGCUACUCGUCUAGCUUCUAUAGCUAGUGGUGGUGGAUUCCCACCAGAUGGUUUGGCUCCACGGCCACGUUCUGGUUCGUUGGAUCCUUCCUUGUUGCAGAGUGAGGUAUCACAUUAUGGGGUUGAUCAACCUGAUCACUUUAAACUUAAGCAUGGAACAUUAGAUCAUAUUUUGCCGGCUGGAACACAGGAAACAGCACGGGCUUCAGUUUCACAAUCACCGGAUGCCAGAUUCUUUACUCUUGAUACUGACAGACCGCAGUCAAGCAACACUACACUGGAAGCUUCAGGCAGUUCAAAAUUGUCUGAUUCAACACCUUUGGACAAAGUAGUCAGUGUGGCAGCAAAAGAAUUUCCUGUUGCUAGUUCGAGAGAAAAAGAGAGUACAGAUCGAUGGAAAAAUGAUCCUUCCUGUAUUGAAUUUGAUCCAAGGCAGCCGAGAGGUGCUGGUAUGGCAAAUAGAACAUCCACGGAUCGGCCAGCAAAAAUGACUGAGGGUGCACCAAAUGGAAUUUUUUCAGCAACUGCUACCCAGCAAGAGAAUGUUCGGCCACUUCUAAGUUUACUGGACAAGGAGCCACCAUCACGUCAUUUUUCUGGUCAGCUUGAGUACGUACGGCAUCUGACUGGGCUGGAGAAACAUGAAAGCAUACUACCUCUUCUACAUGCAUCCAAUGAAAAAAAAUCAAACGGGUUAGAGUUUUUGAUGGCUGAAUUUGCAGGUACAGAGGUUCCUGUGCGUGAAAGGGAUAACAGUAACUUGGAUUCAUUACCCAGAAAUUCAUACAAAUCAGCAAACAAGAAGGUUGGACAACCAGCAACUAUUGAUGGAAUGGCUUCUACGUCAGGACUUGCAUCUCAGACUGCAUCUGGGGUUCUGUCUGGCUCUGGGGUUCUAAAUGCUAGACCAGGGAGUGCUACAUCAUCAGGGUUGCUUUGUCAUAUGGUAUCACCUUGGAAUGCUGAUGUUGCCAGGGAAUAUCUGGAAAAAGUGGCAGAUCUUCUUCUUGAGUUUGCUCGGGCAGACACAACUGUGAAAUCCCAUAUGUGCAGCCAGAGUUUGCUUAGUCGUCUCUUCCAGAUGUUCAAUAAAAUAGAGCCCCCUAUUCUUGUGAAGUUAUUGAAGUGCAUCAAUCAGCUAUCAAUGGAUCCACACUGCUUAGAACAACUUCAGCGAGCAGAUGCAAUCAAAUAUUUGAUUCCAAAUCUUGAUCUCAAAGAGGGUCCUCUUGUUUCUCAAAUACAUCACGAGGUCCUCCAUGCACUCUUCAAUCUCUGUAAGAUCAAUAAGAGGAGACAGGAACAGGCAGCAGAAAAUGGGAUCAUUCCACAUUUGAUGCAAUUUAUCAUGUCUGAUUCACCACUAAAACAAUAUGCCUUGCCUCUGCUUUGCGAUAUGGCCCAUGCUUCACGUAAUUCAAGAGAACAGUUACGGGCUCAUGGUGGGUUGGAUGUGUACUUGAGCCUGCUAGAAGAUGAGCUCUGGUCUGUCACGGCAUUGGAUUCUAUUGCUGUUUGCUUGGCUCAUGAUAAUGACAGCAAGAAGGUCGAACAAGCUUUACUAAAAAAGGAUGCUGUGCAGAAACUGGUCAAGUUUUUCGAGAACUGUCCUGAACAGCAUUUUCUGCAUAUACUGGAGCCUUUCUUGAAAAUUAUAACGAAAUCUUCCCGAAUAAAUACAACUCUUGCUGUUAAUGGCUUGACGCCGCUGCUGAUUUUAAGGCUACACCACCAGGAUGCUAUAGCCCGGUUGAAUCUGCUGAAGCUAAUAAAGGCUGUAUAUGAGCACCACCCUAGACCAAAGCAACUGAUUGUGGAGAAUGAUCUUCCAUCCAAGCUUCAGAAUUUAAUCGAGGAACGUAGAGAUGGGCAAAGUUCUGGAGGACAAGUUUUAGUGAAACAGAUGGCUACUUCUCUGCUUAAAGCACUUCAUAUCAAUACUGUUUUGUAAUUUCAAGUGUUUGACUACUGUCUUAAUGCUGUGCAUUGUAUAGCGUGCAGGGUGUAAUUAAUUCCAGUAUAUGCCCCAAAUUUUUAAUCAUUGUUUUUUGGCUUAUUUAUUUUACAAAAUUCUCAUGUUGAGCUUCUUAAAACACAAGUCCUAGGUAUCCUUUUUCGUUUUUCUAUUUUAAAUAUCUUUAAAUAGCUGUUUCAGAAUGGUGCUUAUUAGCCACCAUCUCUCUCUUGUAGAAAGCUUUUGAUUUAGUGUAUGGGCAUCUUUGAGUAAAUGUAAGUUAAUCUCUUUCCUUGGCU